AUGAGAAUGAAUCCGGGAAGUGUGUUUGAAUUAGAUGUGGAUGAAAGUAGUGGGUGUUUUCGGAGAUUGUUUGUGGCAUUUCAUGGAUGUUUGUAUGUCUUUCAAUUUUGUCGUCCGUUGUUGUUUGUUGAUGGUACAUUCUUGAAGGGGCGUUACAAGGGGCAUUUGCUUGCAGCAACAUCAAAGGAUGAUAAUCAAGGUCUGUUUCCUUUGACUUUUGCGAUUGUUGACGCUGAAAAUCAAGAUAAUUGGAUGUGGUUCUUAAGUCAGUUGUUAAAGGGUGUUGGUUCAGGCCGGAGAUUGACCUUUGUGUUGGACCGUCAACAUAGAUUGCUAGAUGCUCUUUCAGUGGUUUUUCCCAAUGCACAUCAUGCAUAUUGUUUGAAUCAUUUGAAGAGAAAUUUGAUUGACAAAUUGGUGGGACUUCGUACUAACUAUAAGUUGAGUUUUAUGAAAAUAUUAGUUAAAUGUGCUUAUGCGCUAAUGGUUGCUUCUUUCCAACAUUAUAUGGAGAAAUUGAGGCAUAUUGCUGGGAAUGGUAGAGUUGAUAGUAUGUUGGAUGAUUGUUUUAGAGAGUCAUACAAGGAAUCUGUUUAUCCAGUGCCUUCAAGUGAGAGAUUUGACUUUGAUGGUGCCAGUAGUUCGAUUAUCAAACCUCCUAUAACGAAGAAGUAG